CUCUGGUCAUCUCCUGUAGUAUGUCCACCGUCUCUGGUCAUCUCCUGUAGUAUGUCCGCAGUCUCUGGUCAUCUCCUGUAGUAUGUCCGCCGUCUCUGGUCAUCUCCUGUACUAUGUCCGCAGUCUCUGGUCAUCUCUUGUAGUAUGUCCGCCGUCUCUGGUCAUCUCCUGUAGUAUGUCCGCAGUCUCUGGUCAUCUCCUGUAGUUUGUCCGCCGUCUCUGGUCAUCUCCUGUACUAUGUCCGCAGUCUCUGGUCAUCUCUUGUAUGUGUCCGCAGUCUCUGGUCAUCUCCUGUACUAUGUCUGCAGUCUCUGGUCAUCUCCUGUACUAUGUCCGCUGUCUCUGGUCAUCUCCUAUACUAUGUCUGCAGUCUCAGGUCAUCUCUUGUAGUAUGUCCGCCAUCUCUGGUCAUCUCCUGUACUAUGUCCGCUGUCUCUGGUCAUCUCCUGUA